ACGGAGUUGAGUUAACGUGUUUUGGUAUUAGCUGCGCUUUUCCAAAAUAAUAAUAUAAUAAAGAAAAAUUUAUGUACAAAGAUUUCAAGGUGCAGAAACGCAUUGCAAACCAACUUGGAAAUGGAGUGAAAAUAAAAAAGAAGCCGAGCAAAGAUAUAAAAAGUGUGAAGCAACAAAGUAGAAGCUGUGAGAAAAGAAAAAAGUGCAUUUGCAUUCUCAUUGCAAUCUUGUGUGAGUUUUUCUUCGUUUACAACGCUGCGAACCGAAAUAAAAGGAUUCUUUGCAUAUUCCCGUCCGUUCACUGCUUGCACAAAAACAACUUAUUGGAGCAAUUACGUGCAUUAAAGAAAAAUAAUUCAAAAUUAAUUUCCGGCGCAUAAAAAUCUUUUCAAAGCUGGAUUAUAAUAAAUCCGAAGAUAUUGGAUCUCUACAGGAAAAUAAUUCUGGAGUGACCAACAAAAUGGUGAAACGCACCGACGGCACAGAAUCACCCAUAUUAGCCGAAGCUGAUGCAGAUGGACAUGACAAACCGCGAGUGCGUUAUGGUGAACUGGUUAUACUUGGUUAUAAUGGUUAUUUACCGCAAGGUGACCGCGGUCGCAGGCGUUCAAAAUUCGUAUUAUACAAACGCACAGAGCCGAACGGUGUGAAACGUUCCAAACAUUAUAUCGUCCAAUCGCCACAGACAUCGAAAGCUAUACUAGAUGCCAAUCAACAUUCAAUAUCUUACACACUGUCUCGCAAUCAAGCUGUCAUUGUCGAAUACAAAGAGGACACGGAAACGGAUAUGUUUCAGGUCGGCCGUUCAUCAGAGUCCCCCAUUGAUUUCGUUGUUAUGGACACAUUGCCCGGCGAUAAAAAAGAUGCUAAAGUCAUGCAAAGUACAAUAUCCCGUUUCGCUUGUCGAAUACUAGUGAACCGAUGUGAAGCAUCUAAAGCGCGAAUAUUUGCAGCGGGUUUCGACUCAAGCAGAAAUAUAUUCUUGGGCGAGAAGGCCACCAAGUGGCAGGAUAAUGUCGAAAUUGAUGGUCUCACCACAAAUGGUGUACUUAUAAUGCAUCCAAAGGGUCAGUUCUGCGGUGGCAAUGCUAAAUGUGGUCUAUGGCGUGAAUGUUCGGUCGGCGGUGAUGUGUUCAGUUUGCGUGAAUCGAGAUCGGCACAACAGAAGGGACAGCCGAUUUAUGAUGAAUCGAAUGUGCUGCAAGAUGGCACAUUGAUUGAUUUGUGUGGUGCCACGCUGCUUUGGCGCUCAGCCGAGGGCUUACAACAUUCGCCGACCAAACGCGAUUUGGAAAAGUUAAUUGAUGAAAUCAACGCUGGACGUCCGCAAUGUCCGGUCGGUUUGAAUACCUUAGUAAUACCUAGAAAAGUGAAUAUCGGUGAUCAAGUGAAUCAGCCUUAUGUGUACUUAAAUUGCGGACAUGUACAGGGUCAUCACGAUUGGGGGCAGGAUAAGAGUACUGGUGCCCGUCGCUGUCCCAUGUGCCUCGAAGUUGGUCCGGUCGUUACGCUUUGUAUGGGUUUGGAACCGGCCUUUUACGUUGAUGUUGGUGCACCCACGUACGCUUUUAAUCCAUGCGGUCACAUGGCGACUGAGAAAACAGUCAAGUACUGGGCAAAUGUUGACAUACCGCAUGGCACUAACGGUUUUCAAGCGGUCUGUCCCUUCUGUGCGACGCCACUGGAUGGCUCAUCUGGUUAUAUAAAGUUGAUUUUUCAAGAUAAUUUAGAUUAAAUUAGCAUAAAAUAGUUUAUAUUUAAUUAAAAAGUAAACAAAACAUACAUAUUUUGAGUGCAUGCAAAGCGAAAUGUUGUAGUUUAUCGGCAUAAAUGUCCAAAAAAAAUUGAAAGUAGAUAAUAUUUUGCUGCGAAAGGGCUUUUGGACAUUUUCAAAGCAAUUUAAUGUGUUUCAUAAAGAAAUGCCAUUAUUGUAUAAACCUUUUGAGUUUAAAUGUAUGUACAUACAUAUACAUAAGUGUUUUCAUUUUUUUUACGCGUUGGCUGAUAAGCUUUAACAUAAUAUUUCUUAUUUAUUUGCCAUUUGGGCAAAAAUAUUUACAAAUUAUUUUAAACAUAACAUAAACUGAAAAAUUUACAUACAUAUAUAUAUAUAUAUAUAAUAUACAAUAUGUAUAGUACAUAAAUGGAAAUGAUGAGAUACAAGGAAGUAUUACAAAAACACAAAGAAUAUAACAAUAAUAUACAUACAAGAAGGCGCAUCUAGUUUUUAAAAAUCGCAAGGAGAAUAAAAUCGAAAUCGAGAAAGUACGAAAUGGUUGCAGAUAAAAUUGCAGAACUGCAAUGUUACGACUUGAUAUCGAAAGUUAAUAAUGCAUUGUAAUGAAUUGUAAAGGAAUGUAAAA